CCUUCUGCUAGUCGUUUGUUUACUGUUUUUCCCCGGCCGCUAUCAACCAAUCAAUAACUUCAUUAAAGAAACGCAUACCCCUAAACCGGCUGAAAGAGAAUACACAACACCCAACUGCUUCGAGUCAUAAAAUCUGAACCGUCUAGCACAGCAGAGACAGUAUUCAAUUAACCGAAAAACUCGACGGUUGUCAUUCCUUGCCGCGGUAUAAAACUUGACUCUCGAUCUCUCUGCAAAAAUAUCACGAUACUAAUCUGAUAACGCACAUCUUUAAAACCAAAAACAUAUUUGUAGACUUGACACUUUAGAAUUUGAUCUCAAGCUCUGAAUGAUGAAAAUGAAUCUUGGACUUAAAGUGUGUAGUCUGCUUGCUUUUCUUCUGAUACUUUCCACCGUUUCUGGGUUUAAUAGUUGUCAACGCGAUGAAAAGUGCGUAAGACUAUACCUGUGCCCCCACUUGUACCACUUCGCCCUUGACGAUCGAAUUGCACACAUACAGUGCGGAAUCGAUAACACGGCCAAUUUGGUAGACCAGAGAAUCUACGUUUGCUGCCCGGAACCAGGUAAUGUCCUGCCAGAUGACAAAACCUGUGGAUGGAGGCCUGGCGCUCAUCGAAUUUUCGGUGGAGUAGAGGCUCAACCCAACGAGUUUCCAUGGAUGGCCUUGCUCCUGGACAUUGAAGGCAAAGGCGUAUGUGGUGGUUCCCUGAUCAACAAUCGCUAUGUUGUGACUGCCGCACAUUGCGUGAGCAGGGUGAAGAUUUAUAACGUUCGGCUGGGCGAGCAUGACAUAUCCUCCGACCCCGACAUCAUCAUGAAUAAAAACGAGGCACCAAGGUGGGCUGCUCCGCACUUGGAAAUUGAAGUGGAGAACAUUGUCGUACAUAGAGAUUUCCAGCACACGCCUAUGCAAAACGACAUUGCCCUUAUACGACUUAUAUUGCCAGUACGCUACACCAAUGAAAUUAGACCCAUUUGUGUUCUGGGCAGUCACAUCUCCUUGAUAAACUCGACAUUUCACCACGAAUUCGAAAUAGCCGGCUGGGGCACUACUGAAAGUAACAAUAACAGUAAUGUCUUGUUGACGGCCACCAUCAAGAAGGAUAAGUGUCCUAAACGGCAUAAAUACCUGAAGGAGACCCAAACAUGUGCGGGUAAGAACGGCACGGACACCUGUUUUGGAGACUCCGGCGGUCCACUGAUGGGCACUAUGAUACGUUAUAGACAAGAGAUCGUGUAUCUAGCUGGAAUCACAUCUCACGGAGAUAAUAAGUGCGGACAAGCUGGUGUCUAUACGAAAAUGGAAUCCUAUAUCUAUUGGGUUCUAUAUUUUUUAAGAGCUUGAACAUCUUUUUCCUUUGCCAAUCGUACCUAUAUAGAAUUUUGUAUUGAUAUCUCGCUCUUAUUUAAAAAAAUCAUAAAUUCAUUGAACUUUAAUGUUUAAAAGUCACAAUAUUGUUAAUAAUAAAGGUACGGAAAGAA